UCACCAACUUCAGUCCGCGACCGUCGUGCAGUGCCCUUCAAUCUUUAUGCCUGAAGCGCGCAUGUCAUAAACAAGGCCUUCUGGACAGUGUCCUUCUAGGCCUAUCGUGUGUCUUGCCCUCCUAGGCCGAUCGUGUGUCAUUGUCACCGGAGUUCAACAUUCUGGCAACAUACUGGUUCGACAGUCAUCCGGCAGUAUGGCUGACGAGGAGAUUAACUACGAGAGCGACGCGGAAAUAGAUUCUAUAUAUUUCGGCCGGCCCAAGGGCCCGAAUCCUGCGCGCACACCCUAUCUCUAUGUGGCAAACUGCGGUGCUGAGGCGGAGAUGACGUAUGCAGCCAUUGCUGACGUGUUCGCCGCGUUCGGCCACGUCCGUCGCGUCGUCCCCGCGGGCGCCGCCAAUCUCACCCGCUGCUUUGUCGUAUUCGGCGGGCGCACGCGGGCGGCGGCGGCGGCAGCGGCGGCAGCUGCGCUUGAGGCGCUGAGCGGAAAGCCGUGCGCGGAAGCGGGCGGAAGGAAGAUGCACAUCCAGUUCGCCGUGGGGAAGCGCUCCGCGCCGGUGGAGCAUCCGGUGGUGCACCACACUGUAGACGCGCUCGAUAUACCGGGGCUGUUUCUGCACCUCGACUUUGUCACUCCGGGGAUGGAACAGAGCCUUCUCACAUUCGCGGAUGGCAACGAUUGGCAUUAUCUGACCAAGAGACGCGUGCAGCACCACGGUUACGCCUUCAACUACACUACACGAGAUAUCGAGAAGGACAAGUGGAUCGGCCCGCUGCCCGCAGCAGUGUCGGAUUUUGUUUCACGGGCAGAGCAGCUGCCCGAGCUCACUGGCUGCCCAGAAGUUUGCAUGCCGUUGGACCAACUGACGAUCAACGAGUAUGAGGCAGGAGUGGGCCUGGCUCCUCACAUCGACACCCACGCAGCGUUUGAAGGUGCCAUUCUCUCCCUGUCUCUAGCCGGCCCUGCAAUUAUGGAGUUCAGGAGGCCGCUGGGGCCGCAACCAGUGGGGAAACAGCCGGUGGGGAAGAAAAAAGUUGUUGCCGGGAGCAGUGGGAGCAUUGGGAGCGGUGACAGUGCCUGUUGCACCAGUGACAGCAGCAGCAGCAGCAGCAAUGGUGGUGCCAGUGAUUCCAGCUGCAGUAGCAGCAGUGGUGCACUGAAGCCAGAAGCAACAGCAGGAGCAGAGGCAAAACCAGCAGCCGAAGAAAGAAGAGCCAAUGACAGGAGGGCAGAGGACAGGAGAGUGUUGUUUCUACCCCCUCGCUCCCUGCUGGUCCUCACAGGAGAGGCGCGGUACGCCUGGUCCCACUACAUCCCCAACCACAAGAUAGAUCACGUGAAUGGCCAAGCCUUCCCACGCGCACCUCGCCGCGUCUCCUACACUUUCCGGAGGGUCAGGUUCGGCCCGUGUGCGUGCGGUUACCCUGAGUUCUGCGACGCGCCGAGACAGGAGAGUUUGUCGGAAAGCUCUUGCGAAUGCGGGCUCUUGAAGGUGGAGACUGAGAAAGGGGAGUGGUUGCCUGAGACAGGGUUGAUUCCUGAGGCCGAAGAGGCGAUAGGAAUGGAAAGGUUGCCGGAAAAAGAGACCGGAAUGGUGGGGACGAGGGAGAGAUUGGAGGGUGGAUGUUGCGGGGGGCGUGCGGUGAUGCACUCACAUGAGGGGGUGCUGGACGAACCGAGAGGGGAGGGUGAUGGUGGGGAGGGGAGAGAGGAGGGGAAGGCGGAGGAGGGGAGUGCGGUGAUGCGGUCACAUGAGGGGGUGUUGGAUGAACCGAGAGGGGAGAGCUGUGGAGGGGUGCAAGGGGAGGAGGGAAAGGGUGGGGAAAGCGGUGUGUUGCACUCCGCCGGUGUGCAGGGGGAGGAGAGAGGGGAGGAGAAGGUGACUUUUGAGUCGACUCAAAAGUCACCUCAUGAGGGUGUGCAAAGGGGGGAGAGAGGGGUGGUGGGCGAGGGGAAGGCAGAGGAGGGGAGGGGCAACUACGGCAGCAGCAGCAGCAGCAGCAUCACCAGCAGCAGCAGCAGCAGCAGCAGCAUCACCAGCAGCAGCAGCAGCAGCAGCAAUGAACUGAGCACCCCAGCAGUGGAGAAAGACUUUGUGCAUAAAGUAUACAACGCCAUAGCGCCUCAUUUCAGCGCCACUCGCUUCGCCCGGUGGCCCAAGGUCACUCAAUUCCUUCUCUCCCUCCCCUCCGGCUCCCUCGUUCUCGACGCCGGCUGCGGCAACGGCAAAUACCUCAACGGAGGCCUUCCCAUCCCCUCUGCCCUCCCUUCUUCUGCCUCUGCCUCUUCUUCUGCUCUCCCCUCUGCUACUGCCUCUACCUCUGCUGCUGCCCCUACCCCUGCCUCUUCAUCCUCCUCAGCGCUCCCUAUUUCUUCCCCACCCCCGUCCUCCUCCUCCUCCUCCUCCUCCUCCUCCUCUCCCUCCCCCCCCACCCCUCCCCGUCCUCCGGCCGUUCUUAUAGGGUGUGACAUCAGCCCCCCCCUGGUAUCCAUCUGCGCCCAGAGAGGCUUCGAGGCCUUUGUGGCCGAUACCCUCUCGCUCCCCCUCGCCUCCUCCCGAUUCGACGCCGCCAUUUCAGUGGCAGUUUUGCACCAUUUGUCCUCUGAGUCCCGGAGGAAACACGCGCUAAAAGAGAUGCUUAGGGUGAUUAAAACGGGCGGGAGGGCGCUGGUGACUGUGUGGGCGCGGGAGCAGGAGAAUCCGGGGCUGCUUGACAAGUGGACGCCUCUGAUUGGUCAGAUGACAGAGAGAUGGGUGGGCGACGUGGAGGGGGGUGGAGGAGGGGAGGAGAGAGAGGGAGAGAGGGGAGGGAGAGAGAGAGGCGGAAUGCUCGGAGGGAUUGAGGAGGGAAGAGAGACUACUGAAGGGGAAAAUGGUUUUUCAAGGAGGAGUUUAGAAGGAGAGGAGAUUAAGGAAGCAACAGGGACGGAGAGGAUGAGUGAGUGGAACCAAGAGGGAGGCAGGGAGGCAGAGACAGAGACAAAGACAGAGACAGAGACAAAGACAGAGACAGAGACAAAGACAGAGACAGAGACAAAGACAGAGACAGAGACAAAGACAGAGACAGAGACAGGGAUAGAGGCAGGGCAAGGGGGAGGAGUGACAGGGCAAGGGGGAGGAGUGACAGGAAAAGAGGGCCCAGGAGGAGAGACAGAGCGAGGUAAAUCUCCAACAGAGGAAGCUUCCCAGGAGUUUCUGGUCCCAUGGCACCUGCCAUGUCAUCGAGUGGAGAUAGGGUCGGCAGCAGCAGCACAACACGUGGCUUCGGGUUUCGCCCGGCGGGAUGAAGCCAAGGGGUCGGUGGUGUACAAUCGCUAUUAUUAUGUUUUUACUCGAGGAGAGUUGGAGAGGCUGAUUACGGAGGUUGGUGGGGCCGCAAUUGUAGAGAGCUUCUAUGACAAGUCCAACUGGUGUGUGAUAAUGGAGAAGUUGUGAAACGGACGACAUAUGAAGUAGGCACUUCAUGUGAAAAGGCAGUCCCAUUUGUUGAGUGACCCGCUGGGGUUGCCCUUGAGAUCCUCGGGGAAGGGCCACAGGUGCAGAGGCUGGGGGGCUAUGGGCGCACUUACCCGCUAUUCAACAAGCCCUUUUAACCCAGUGGUUAGUGACUGGGUUUCUGACACCAUUAUCGUUGUAUUGGUCACGAACAUUAAGAGGGUGUUCUUAGGACCCCUUAUGAGACAAACGUCUUCUCUUCUCAGACUCGGGUUGCACCGUCUUUAACUGCACGGUUCUGCGUGUGUCUGAUGAAAGGCGUGUUUGGUAAGAGGUGUGGGAACACGCCCCAAAUGUAGGAGUGCUAUGUUACAGGAAGGACCAGGAAAUGGCUGGUUGAGUGUGCAUGCGUUCUUUUUCC